CAUGCUCAGGCAAACGACAUGCGGUCACAGAGUAUGAAGCUGCCUCAAACAAAGCCUAAAACGGAAUCCAGUAGAUCUAAAGCAUCACAGAGUAUGAUGGUACACAGCGAGAGUAAAAAAGAAAAGGUCAGCGGUGCAAAUAUUUCGAAUGAAUUUUCCAGAUUUGUACCACAAGCUUCAAAACCACCGAUAUCGGGAAAUGAUCUGAAAAAAAUAACAGAAGCAUGUGGAGAGGAAGGGGUGCAAAAACAAGAAAGAAGGAAGUGCGAAAACAAAGUAACACGUACUACAAAUUGGUGAUUCUUCAAAAGACUUAUUAAUUUGAGUUACAUUGAAUUAAUCAUUUUUGUUUUGUAAAAUGUUGUAUUAAUAUUAAGACAUAUCUUUAUCCAGAUUAUUUCUACACAUGACAUGGAAUACAACGUGUGCAAACUAAAUGACACCGAUGUAAUAACAUUUGAAUAUUUUUCAUUGAAUGUGUUCUUGUAAAACAAAAUAAGAAUAAAGUUAUUCACUGA